CCUCUCUCUCUCUCUCUCUCUCUCUCUAUUUUCCCCCCAAGUGACUCCUACUUCAUACUCAAAGGGCAUGCCUGAAUGUCCAGAGAAAGGGAGAGAUUUGAUGAGAUAGGGAAGAAGAUCAAGAGGGAAGGAGAUGUUUCUUCUCAAAUGGGGAGAAAACAUAUGUUGGGCCCUCCUGGAACCCUAAAUACCAUUACCCCUUGUGCAGCAUGUAAACUUUUGAGACGAAGAUGUGCCCAAGAAUGUCCUUUUUCUCCAUAUUUCUCUCCUCAUGAACCCCAAAAGUUUGCUUCUGUCCACAAAGUUUUUGGUGCUAGCAACGUCUCAAAGAUGCUAAUGGAGGUACCAGAGUGUCAGAGAGCCGAUGCUGCAAAUAGUCUAGUUUAUGAGGCUAAUGUGAGGCUAAGAGACCCUGUCUAUGGAUGCAUGGGUGCAAUUUCUUCUUUGCAACAACAAGUUCAAUCUUUACAAGCUGAACUUAAUGCAGUAAGGGCAGAAAUACUUAAAUACAAACUCAGGGAAGCUAACAUGAUACCUUCCUCUCAUGCUCCAAUGCUCCCUUCCUCUGGGACUGUUUCAAUUGCUGCUCCACCGCCUCCGCCGCCACCUCCACCACCGCCUCCUCCUCCUCCUCCUCUUCCUCCAUCUUCUUCCUCUUCUUCCAUGUACAUCCAACAGAGGGAUCCCACCAAUUAUAGCAGAUUUUUAAGUGAUAAUAUUUCCUAUUUUGGUUAAAUUUGCAGACUAAAA